CAGCGAGGAGGGUAGCCACAUACUGGAAUAGAGCUUUGCAGGGCCCUGACUAGGUAGCCUUGGUUGUCUCAGUUCCUAUGACUCAUAGAACUCCCAGGUUGCCAAAGAGCUCCCCAACCCCCACCCCCAAAAAAUAGUACUGAAGAUUCAGUCUCAGGAUCCAGGAAUAUAUUCCAUAAUUUGGCAGAUUUCCCUUAGCCUCUACUGAGAUUAGCUUGAUAGACAAUCCCAGAAUAGCCUUCUCUGCCUGGUUGCCUAAACCUGUAUUUUGGGUUUGGUUAUGUCAGUUUUACCACCCUACUUUCCAGAACCAUUUAUCUGGGAGAGGUUUGUAUCCUUUACAAGUACUUUCAGGCUGACCCUGGCACAGAGUGAAUCUUUGGGGUGGUAGGAGAAUGUCAUCCAAGAAUGUGAAGCAGAGACCACACAGCAACUGUGAUGGAGAGAACAUACAGAACUCUUGUACAUGGACAAUCUGUUUUUCUACAUAGGAGCUGCCCAUCAACUUUCCAGAAGAAAAACAAAACAGGGAGCCAAGCAAGAUCCACAUUGAGCAUACUGAAGCAGCAACAGCUACAACAACAGCUACAGCUACAGAAGAAUGGUACAAAGGACUGUGAAACAAUAGGACCAAUGUAUGAGCAAGUGUUACACCGGCCUGUAUCUCAAAAGAGAAGUUCAGACUCCACAUCCGAGGAGAGUCAUUUGCAUUAUGCGGACAUUCAUGUGCUCAGCCAAACGCAGCCACACUCUGGCAAGGUGAACCGCCUCCAUCUAGAAACUGCCACAGAGUAUGCCGUCCUUCGCUUCCCCAAGGCCACACCUCGAUAUGACUGCAACAAUGGAACCCUGGUGUGAGCCCUUGGAAGGAAGUACUGGUUUCCACAAUUUUACAGUUCUGUGGGGGACAAUCUACUGCUUCUGAGAACAAGGAUGUUGGCCAUGUUUUAAUCUUAGAGAACACCAGAACAUCUGGAAUUCUGGGUUCCCCUCUCUCUGCACUAUGAACCUUUUGGUUUGCCACUGUUAUUGUGGAGUUUUGGUAAGGUUAUGGGUGGGCUGAGUUCCAAACAAAUAUUUAAGUGUGCAAAACAGUC